ACGCAGAAAGUGAGAAAACCUUAUAAGCCCCCCCAAGUCCCAAAUCUCCCCUUCCCUCCCUCUUUCCCCAUCAUUUCUUCAAAACUUGUCGCCGGUCUCCUCUGUCACUUCGCUGUUCUCUAAAGUUUCGGAUUCCCUCUUAGCUCCGACGCAAAUCAAAUGGCUCUACCGAAUCAACAGACUGUUGACUACCCGAGUUUCAAGCUCGUCAUCGUCGGUGAUGGAGGCACUGGGAAAACAACUUUUGUGAAGAGACAUUUGACCGGGGAGUUCGAGAAGAAAUAUGAACCUACUAUUGGCGUGGAGGUUCACCCAUUGGACUUCUUCACUAAUUGCGGGAAGAUCCGGUUUUACUGCUGGGAUACUGCUGGUCAAGAGAAAUUUGGUGGUCUUAGAGAUGGAUACUACAUUCAUGGGCAAUGUGCAAUAAUUAUGUUUGAUGUUACAGCCCGGUUGACAUACAAGAAUGUUCCUACAUGGCACCGUGACCUCUGCCGGGUUUGUGAGAAUAUACCAAUUGUUCUUUGUGGAAACAAAGUUGAUGUGAAGAACAGGCAAGUUAAGGCAAAGCAGGUUACAUUCCACAGGAAGAAGAAUCUGCAGUACUAUGAGAUAUCUGCAAAGAGCAAUUACAAUUUUGAGAAGCCUUUCCUAUAUCUUGCCAGAAAGCUUGCUGGGGACCCUACUCUCCACUUUGUGGAGUCUCCUGCUCUUGCUCCUCCAGAAGUACAAAUUGACUUGGCGGCACAGAAACAGCAUGAAGAUGAGCUUGCUGCUGCAGCCAGUCAGCCUCUUCCUGACGACGAUGAUGAUACAUUCGAGUGAAGCGGGAAAUCUUGGGGUGGGCUUUGAAUCCAUCCCUUUUUUUGUCUCUCUUAUGCUGCCUUUAUAUGUGCCCUAUCUAUCUCCCUUCGAGAUUUUCAACAAUAUAUAUGGCAGGGUUUAGAAUUCAUGGAGACCUUAUGUUAGUUAGGUUUUUCCUUCAGCUUUUGUUAUGUCGUUGGUUGUGCUGGUUUUAGUCUGUUAUUAUUGGAAUCUCAUCAUGUGGGGUGUUUUGAGAGUUACCGAACUAAAUAGCAGUUUAUGCAUCCAAAUUCACCGUUUCGC